GCCAUGACUACGCUGCUCCCCUACCAACAAUAAGCUAUACUUACGUAUGUUUGCAGAUGCACUCUUGAAAAACACCUACAAGCUAUCAACUGAAAACAUUUGGGCACAACUAGCACGAUGUCAAUAUUCAAGUUAAAACCUUGGUGGUCCAACGAAAGGCUUCAAGAUGAGGAAACUAAUGAAGGAAUCCAAAACGGCAACUGUGUGAGAAUCGACAGACUGAGCUCGCACGGAGAGAGUGAUUGCGUGAUCCUGGCUGAAGGGUCCCUGCUGAAGAUAUACACACCGAGUCCUGAACAAAAUUACUCCUCACACUUAUUGAUGGAAACUAAUCUUAAUGACUAUGUGCUCCAUAUAGAAAUUGGAAAUUUCGUUGUUGGUGCUCCAACCCGACAGAUGGUAGUUCUGCACCCCCAGAGUUACUCCAUUUAUGAUUUGCAAAAGCAGGAAGGACAUACGGAUGCUGGAGAUCAAAACAGUCUAACGUUGCUUAUAAAGCACACAUUCACGCGAAAAGCCCACAGUUUGGCGUGCGGGCCUUUCGGCAAGAUCAAGCGGGACCUGAUAUGUGUGCAGGGCCUGGACGGGAGCCUCAGCUUCUUCGAUCAGGAUACUUUCCUGUUCAUGUGCGUCUUUGAUAAUGUCAUUAUGCCGGUGCCUAUCUCGUACGUCGCCAGCUCAGACACAUUUGUAGUGAGCAGAUCCACAUGGCUGCUUGAGAUUUAUAGUUACGAGCAACUCCGAGAUUUCAGCGAAUUGAACACGAGACAAAAUAAGAAGAAUAUUCCACAGUGGGUCUACAAUGCGGGCGAGGAAAUUUCUUCCGUUCAAGUUGUUCAGACCAGCACAAACUUCUCUAGCAUAGUGGCUCUGGGAGAAAGAUACCUUUACUGCUUCCAAGACAACGGCUUGAUGAAAUUCACAAAGAAAUUCGAUUUUAUGCCGAUGUGUUUUCACGCCUAUCUAAUUGGCUGGUAUUAUGAACCCGGAUCUCGACUGCUAAUAAUGGUAGGAUCAGACGACUCUAAGCUCUAUGUCUACGAGGGUACGACCGUGCUUUGGUCUUGCGACUUGCUGGGCACUCCUAUAUGGAUCAGUCGUUGCUUCCUGAAGGCUCUCUCCGGCGGGGUGGUGACCCUGUCCCCGCGGGGGGUGGUCACUAUCAGCUACUUGGGGACUGAGCCUGAUCUGAACCCUGGGGCCACGCCGGCCGUCAAUGACGUCACGGACCCUGAGGUUGUGCAAGCGGAGCUAGAGGAAGUAGAGGACGCGUUGCAACGAAUCAUGAAAGAUACUGAAGAUGUAGGGACUGGCGAGAAAGCAAUAGAAGAAAUAAUAAAAAUCAAAGCAGAAGCGGGAAAACCGGUGCAAAAUCUGUUCCAGCAGUUCACCACGGAUUCCGGAGACGGGAUCCACCUGCUGAUGUGUCCCGUCAUCGUGAUCCUCACUUGUUCUCAGCCGGAACUCAUCUCCGCGGUACAACUGACGUAUGUCUGCGCAGCGCCGCUCGCGUGCUCAGACUCAACCAUCUGCCUAGACUCGGUCAAUGGGACAGAAAUAAUAGAGACCCACGUGUUUUUGACGAAUGAAUCUGAUAUAUCGGACACUCAUGUAAAGAUACUGUUUACUAUAACUGAUGCGAAAGGCGCCAUCACUGUGACGAGUAGACUAGUCGCGGUGCCGGUCAGUCUGUACUGUAUUCCAGCUGAUGUGAACGAGGAAAAAAGAGAGAUUAAAUUUGAAAUCGAAACCAAUAAAGACUGCGUUGAUUUGGUAGAUUUAUUCGCAGAUUUUUCUAAAGAUGAAUUGAGUAACCAUGGAUGCACUCCCAAUAUUGUAUCUCUCGUUUAUCGAGGGAGUAAGAAACAUAUAACAAUAAGAUCUAGUAAUCAGAGUUACAUAAUUGAAUGUACAGACCCAUCUGAUAUUAUAGCGAUCCUAGAAUGCAUAAAUUACAAAUUGAUGGAACACUUCGCAAGGAUGGAAAUUCAGAACUUUGAGAUGAAAAUGCAAGUUCACAAGGAAUUUAAGGGUCAGUUGGAGUAUAAGUUUUUGAAGAGCAUAGAAGCUCACGCUAAAGACAGAACCAAGAUGAAGAAGUUUGAGGAAGACCUAUCAGUUCUCCAGAGACAGUUCACGCUGGUGCAGAAGCGGCUGUUGGUUCAGUUCGGCUCCUCCCCGCCCGGCGACUGCGACCAGCUCGAGUUUCUCAUGAGGGAUACUUAUAGAAGAAUCACAGAGACUGUUCGCGAAAUUAAUAGUUGUAAAGAUAGUGUUUGCAGGGCUGGUUGCACAAUGGCGGCAUUGGGACAGCUAAUAAAUUAUAUUUUAAGAAUGACGUCAUCGGACGCUUUCAAAGUAAAACUGUUUCAAGAAAUGCUGUCUUUGAACUCACUAUACGAUGACUAUCAGGACUGGGAGGAGGCAGUAUCUUCGGGGUUACGCUACAUGCUACACCACGUGUUGCGCAGCGCGCGCGCCACGCAGCGCCUGGCGCCGGCCGGCGAGCAGCCCGCGCUGUCGCAGGGCAACCUCAAGCGCUUCUUGAAGCAACUCAGGAUUGUGGUGGAGGAUGUGUUCUGUGAUGAUGGUGUAGGUAAGUUUCGUAGCGGCUAA